AUGCAGGUUUACGUGCGUCUGCACGAUACCAUCGAUGCCUACGAGUGGACACGUGGAGUCAUUUUACGUCGCCUAGAGACCGACACCUCUAAAGUCCUCGUGCAGCUUCAAGACAGCAACGUCACGGUUGAAGUAGAUGAGGCUCAAGAUAUUCGCGUCAUAAAUGAGCUGACGGGAUCUCAAACACUUGCAGAUGUAGAAGACUUGGACACACUUGCACACUUACACGAGCCCGCAUUUGUCGACUAUUUGGCUCAGCGUUACGGCGUUGACCAGGUCUACUGUAAGUCCGGGGCCGUGCUCAUCGCUGUAAAUCCUUUUAAGGACAUUGUGGGACUUUACGACUUGCAAAAUUUUCACAAGCAAAUACUUAAUUCCACUGCACUGCCGCCACAUGUAUUUUCAAUAGCCGAAAGAGCUUACCGCUCGUUGCGUCGAGCACUGAACGAGCCAGAGGAGAACAAGAAAAAUCAGACAAUUCUUGUGAGUGGAGAAAGCGGAGCAGGUAAGACGGAAACUACCAAGUUUAUCAUGAAAUAUUUAGCUCAAAGUGGUAGAGUGACGACUGAAAACCGUGACAAGAGCAAGCGUGCAAUCAGCAGCAGUGAACUUAUGAGUGCAAAUCCAAUUUUGGAGUCAUUUGGCAACGCCAGGACCUUGCGUAAUAAUAAUAGUAGUCGCUUUGGAAAGUUUGUGCGAAUGUUUUUCGAAAAACACGGACUGAAAACAUCGUUAGAAAUAGUAGGAACCUCAGUGGAGACGUAUCUCUUGGAAAAAGUGCGUGUAGUGCAUCAGCAGGAUGGGGAACGAAACUUUCACGUAUUUUAUGAACUGCUAGCAGGUGCAAAUGAAGAAAUGAAGAGAGCAUUAAAGCUGGAAAAUCUAUCGGCUAAUUCAUUCCAGUAUAUCAACGGUGGACGAUGCUUUCAAAGAACUGAUGGUGUUCGUGAUGAAAAGCAGUUUCAAUUGAUGUUGCAGUCCAUGAAAGUAUUAGGCUUCACGGACGUUGAGCAAGAAGCAAUCUGGAAAAUCUUGAGCGCAUUACUACAUCUUGGCAACGUCCUUUUUGUAUCGUCGGAAGAAGAGAAAAGGAUAGAUGAGCAAGGUAGUGAGUCGGCACCCUGUCGAUUGGCAUCAAGAUCGCCAUCUUCGCUUUCGGCACAAACGCAUCUGAAUAUUGUUUCAAAUCUUUUUGCCAUAGAUCAGCAGGAGCUGAAAUCAGCUCUGACUAAACGCAGAAUUUGUGUCGGUGGUGAAGUUUUUCAUUCGAAUUUGAGCCUUCUUCAAUGUGGAGAAACCCGAGACGCCAUGGCUCGCUCAUUGUAUGCAUUUGUAUUCAACUUCCUGGUCUCGAAACUUAAUUCAGCGUCACCAAAAUUUCAGCAGUUUACGACUUUGACAAGCAAGCCAGGUAAUAAAGAGAUUGCACCAUGCAUUGCCGUUCUCGAUAUCUUCGGGUUUGAAGAGUUUGACGUGAAUCAGUUUGAGCAAUUUUGCAUUAAUUAUGCGAAUGAAAAGUUGCAAUAUCAAUUUAUCCAGGAUAUUCUCUUGACCGAGCAGCAGGCGCACAUUGACGAAGGUAUCAAAUGGAGAGCUGUGGAUUACGAAGAUAAUUUGAUGUGUCUGGAAAUGGUCGAACAUCGUACCUGUGGCAUUUUUUCUCUUUUGGACGAGGAAUGUGUUGUUCCGAAAGGAAGUGACACGGGUUUUGCUCGAAAGUUAUAUCAACGAUUGCAAGAUCACUGCAAUUUUAGCGCCACAAAAACAGAUCAAGCUGACUUUGCGUUUCAUGUUCAUCACUAUGCGGGUGCUGUUCGCUACCAAGCAGAAGGAUUUUGUGAGAAGAACAAGGAUCAGCCUAAUGCUGAACUAUUAGACAUUCUGAGUCAAACGAGUAACUUGUAUUUGCGUGAGCUGUUUGAGUUCUUUAAAUCGAGCGAAUCAGCAGAGUUGCAAAUUGGGCCACCGAAGCUAAGACGGCGAUCUUCCGUGCUAAGUUCUGCUGGUAUUGGCUCACAAUUUAAGCAGCAGCUAGCUGGUCUUAUGGAAGUUGUGCAACAGACUCAGACACAUUAUAUUCGCUGCAUCAAGCCAAAUGAUGUUGGUGCAAGUGAUGAAUUCGACAGAACGAAGGUGUCGAGUCAAUUACGUUACGGCGGGGUUUUAAAAGCCGUAGAGAUUCUGCGCCAAUCCUUUCCAGUUCGUAUGAGCCAUGCUGACUUCGUGAAACAGUACCGCGUAUUGGCGUCGACAAAUUCUGGCUUAAAGGCCAAGGUCGCAUUAGAUUGUACGGCUGGAGAUCUGAUCGAAGCACUUGACAUCGACCAGACAGAGCUUGGUAAAACUCGAGUAUUCUUGCGUCAGCAGGCCUUUGACCGACUUGAAAAACGACGCGAACAUGUAAUCGCAAAAUCUGUCAUGAGACUACAAAGUUUGUGGCGGGGCAGACAGCAGCGUCGGAUAUACAUCAGGCAAAUUCACUCACUUGAAAGUAUCCAGGUACGCUGGAAAGCCAUCUUGCGAGAGAAACGACGUGUCGCUCGACGAAAUAAAGCAGCAAUUGUGGUGCAAUAUUCAGUACGAUGCUGGAUCCAAGCGACUAAACGCCAUCGUGACCGAAGCGCAGCUCUGAUUCAGUCUGUUUUCCUAAAGUGGCACCAAGCUCGGGUCGCACUGUCGAGAACGACACCUGCUCGAAGUGCAAGACAAGACGACAAGUCUGAAGACUUAGUCGGCUACAGUGGUCGCGAAAGUGAAUUGACGAUUGAAACUCUGGAAAAUGAUGCGCUUUCUACCGCUACAGCUUCAGUCGGAACAAGCGCAUACUCAGAUGAUCUUGAGCUUUCACCUUUAGAUGCCGUUCGACACCGUAGACGAAUAGAUGAUGUGGUGGAUGGGUUAAAUGAUGGAGAUGUGAUGCUGAAAAAAGCAUUACGGGAGGUUGAGCGGCUUCGUCGUAGAGCAGAAGCUGCUGAAGCUGCGCUCUCACAUUUAGCAGGUCGAAGUGUCGAUCCAAAUUCUGACAGAACAUUGUCUAUGGUUUCAACCAGAGCUACGUCGCAUGGCAAUAGCACAUUGGAUACUUUUUUGGACAACCAUGGUGCAAAUAACAGCAGCAACAUUUUGUGGCGUCAAAUGAAUACCUUAAAUUUCAGGAUUGAUCGAUACGGUAACACCGUGCUGCACCAGGCUGUGGAUAAAGGUAACGUCGAGCUUGUUUGCGCGCUUCUCAUUAAUGAGGUUAGCGGUGCACUUGAGAUGCUGCAACAAGCCGAGACGCUGUACGGGUUCUCUCCAUUGCAGCUCGCGGUUCGAAGUGGCAAUCUAGAGAUGGUAAGUCUUUUCUUUCGUCCGGAAGUACUUCCACGCCUCGACUUAAAUUUCUCGGAUCGGGAGGGAAAUACAGCGUUGCACGUGGCCACUCAGCUAGAGGUUACUUUAGCAUCGCGCGUGCUUGAGUUGCUACUGUCCUUUGGUGCUGACGCAAACAAAGCAAAUUUUGUAAAGCAAACGCCAUUGCACCUCUGUUCGAUGAUCAAGCGUAGUGGCUCAGCAACGUGCGAGAUCAUGGAGACCCUCUUACGGCACAAAGCGGACCCGCGUAAAGUUGACUUCCUCAAGCGCUCACCUCUGCAUUAUUGUAUGGAAAAAGAAAUGGAGAAUGAGGCUGUGCUUUUGAUGAAGUAUGGAGCGGACAUGAAUUUACCCGAUGUAGAAGGUGUGCGAGUCGUGACGAAUCCUAAAGCUACAAGGCUCUUGCGAUACCUUUGUGUGACGCCAUCUUGGAUUCCAGACAGUGACGUAAUUGACUGCAUGGUCUAUCGGUUCACAGGACCUGAGGCCGCUGCUGACAAUGCUGAUGAAGAGGACGACUUACCAGUGCUAUCAGACCCAGCCCAGGAUGAGAACGAUGGCGGUUCACAACCAGACGAUAUGGUUGGUGAGGAGGACGAGAACAGUGUUGCGUUGACAUCGAAGAAGGCCUUAGAGCUUUUGGAGAAAGAUGGGCUGCUGCCCGGGCGCCCCCGACAACUUUAA